UACCUACUCGCUCUCAAGGCAAAGCUAUAAGCCCCAAGAGAGAACAAAUUAAGAUGGUGAGAAGGAGUAUUGUGCAUGGUUUUGAAGCAAUGCAUGUGGAGGCCUUAGUGGCUUCUGCAUUCUUCUUAUUAUUUCUCGUGAUCGGUGGCUCCGCGCAGCCGCUCGUCCCGGCCAUUAUCACGUUCGGAGACUCAUCGGUCGAUGUUGGGAACAACGACUACCUGCACACGAUUUUCAAAGCGAAUUGCCCGCCAUAUGGGAGGGACUUCAAGAACCAUGUGGCCACAGGGAGGUUCUGCAAUGGCAAAUUGGCCACAGAUAUCACCGCUGAAACAUUGGGAUUUACUAGUUAUGCACCAGCAUACCUUAGCCCACAGGCAUCUGGGAAGAACCUUCUUAUAGGAGCCAAUUUUGCCUCUGCAGCAUCUGGGUAUUAUGAUGAUACAGCAAACUUAUACCAUGCAAUCCCAUUGUCUCAACAAUUGUACUACUACAAACAGUACCAAUCUAAGCUAGCUAAAGUGGCAGGGUAUAGCCAGGCUUCAUCUAUAAUAUCAGGUGCUCUCUACAUAGUGAGUUCAGGGUCCAGUGACUUUCUUCAAAACUACUACAUCAAUCCUUAUCUCUACAAGAUGUACACUCCUGAUCAGUUCUCUUCUAUCCUCAUCGGCAUCUACUCGAAAUUCAUCAAGGACUUGUACAUUUUGGGUGCUCGGAAAAUCGGAGUUACUUCGCUGCCACCGUUCGGAUGUGUCCCUGCGGCGAUCACGCUUUUCGGGCACGGUAGCAACCAAUGCGUGUCGAGGCUCAACCAGGAUGCGAAGAACUUCAACUGGAAGCUCAAUGCCACAACCAUCUCAUUGUCUAUGCAACUCCCCAACCUCACUAUUGUAGUCUUUGAUAUAUACGAGCCAUUCUAUGACCUUGUUACUGCUCCUUCAAAACAAGGCUUCUUCGAGGCGAGGAGAGGCUGCUGCGGAACUGGAACAAUCGAGACGACGACGCUUCUCUGCAAUCGUAAGUCGAUCGGGACGUGCCCGAACGCGACUGGGUACGUGUUCUGGGACAGCGUCCACCCCUCAGAAGCAGCGAACCAAGUGCUCGCCAACACUCUCAUCACACAAGGGAUCAAUCUUGUGAUAUGAUAGUAAAAUGUUCCGAUCGGGAGAAGCAUGAAAUGCAGCUGCUAAUCAAUUCUCUGUUGCCUUUUGCUUAGUUAUAUAUGUUUUGUGACUAUUCCGAUCGAUAUAUGUUGUUGAGACUUGAAAGAGAAUAAUUAAAACUCUAUUUAUUGUAUAAGGACUGAUGUUGGGAUAGUUAAUAUAGUAUAUACGUAAAAGAUGUGCAAUUGUAAUAAGUAAUCCAAGAAGAACAGUAAUAUAGUUACGUACGUGGAUGUUUGCGCCUGCUUUAAUUA